AUGAUGGGUGUGUUAAAAAGAAUUGGCUGUUUUUUGUUUGAAAAUAACACCCUUCCCACUAUCAACACGUUCAUAAUUCUGGACAUAAUUUUAAGAAUAUUAAAAAUUCGAGGGAAUAAAAAACAAGAAAAAAUAAAAAAGAACAAUAAAAAAAAAAAAAAAAAAUUGAAGAGAGCUUUAUUAUUAACAAAUAAAACUUUAAUAGAUAUGUUUCCCCCAGAUUAUGAUUUCAUAUUAAACUUUUUAAAUAAUUCCUUAUAUAAAAUAGAUGAUAAUAAUAAUAAUAAUAAUAAUAAUGAUGAUGAAAAUAUUUGGACUGUGAAUAAAAUAAAGAAUUCUAAAAAUUUAUAUCGAAAUUAUAAAGAUAAUAAAAAAUAUAAUAUAAAAAAUAAUAAUCAAAAUGAAGAAAAAAAUUGUGUAUUUACAAAUGAGAAUAAUAUAUCUUCUAAUGAUAUGUAUAAUAAACAUGUUUGUAAUUUAAAAAAUGAUAAUAAUAGAAAUGAUAAAUUUGAUAAUCUUCAUAUAACUAUCGAUGAAUUAAAAGAUAUUUUAAAUUAUAUACAUAUAAAAUAUAUUGAUGAAGAAAAUUAUUUAAUAAAUUUAUUAUAUAAAUUAAAUGAACAUACAAAAUAUAAUAUUAUAGUAAUAAAUAUUAGUUUCUUUUUUAUAAAAGAUGAAAAAAAAAUCAAAAUAUUUUUAGAUUAUAUAUUAUCAUCUACUUAUAAAAAUAUGACAAAAGAAAUUACAAUGAAAAAUAAUGAUAAAAAUAAUUAUGAUCAUAAAAAUGAAUAUUUGUCUAAUACUAAUAAUCUUAUUUAUUCUAAUAUAGAAACUGAAAUAUCUGAUCGUCCUUUUUAUAAAAAUAUUGUAAAUAUUUAUUUUCAUUAUUCUUAUUUUAUUAAUUUCUUUCAAUACCUCAACAAGGUUAACCAUUCCACCUUAACAAGUCAUAAUAUUAAAAAAAUAAAAACAAAAAAAAAAACAAAAAAAAAAACAAACAAAAAUAAAAAUAAUAACAAUAAAAUUUAUCAUAAUAAUAAUAUUAUAUCUGAAUCUCCAAAUAAAUGUAACACCAUUUCUUAUCUUCAUCAUUUUGAUGAUGAUGAAAAAUAUAAUUAUGUAGAAAGAAAAAAUAAAAGAAGUUAUUUCACAUAUUUAUUAAGACAAAAUCAUAGUGCUAAUUUAAAUACUGCACACAUAACACAUGAUAAAAAAAAAAAAAUUAAAAUGGAACAGGAAGAAAAAUAUGAAUAUAAUGAAAACAACAAUAAUAUAAAUGAUAAUAAUCAAAAUAAUAGUUGUUAUAAUAAUAUCUUUCAAAGUCAUAAUAUCUGUAAUAAUAAUGAUUUAUCUAAUGUUUUAUCAUCCUAUCAAAAUCAAAACAAUUUCUUAUCAAAUAAACAAAUAAAUGCUACAGAAAAAAAUAUAGAAGAAGAAUCUACCAAGGGUUGCUUAUCAAUACAUUCAAUAAAAUUAAAAAAAAUUAAAAAUAAAAUAAAAACCAACUUAUAUUUGUUUGAUAUGAUUCCAAAAUCUAAUAUUUAUAAAAAAAUGUAUAUGGAUAUUAUAUUAAUGAAUUUUAAUCAUUUAUAUGUUAUAUCAAGGAAUAUAUAA